AGACAGAAGUCUUCGAAAUCAACGGUGAUUCGGCCACUUCCGACCCAGUCUUCACGCUCUCCGAUCCGAUCUCCAUGGACAAAUCCGCCUCACGUUCCCUCCUUUCCUUUUCUAACGCCCCAACCCCAAUCCCCUCAUAUAUAUAUAUAUAUACACCAUCACAUGCAUACUCACUGUAACCCUAGUUCUAAAUCCGCUUCACUCUCUGUCUUUCAUCGUUACUCUUGCUUGAGAACAUCAUGGGCAAAAUCAAGAUUGGAAUCAACGGAUUCGGAAGGAUUGGGCGUUUGGUGGCUAGAGUGGCUCUUCAGAGCGAUGAUAUUGAACUCGUCGCUGUUAAUGAUCCAUUCAUCACCACCGAUUACAUGACCUAUAUGUUUAAGUAUGAUAGUGUUCAUGGUCAAUGGAAAAAAAAUGAGCUUAAGGUUCAGGAUUCUAAGACCCUUCUCUUUGGUGACAAACCCGUCGCAGUCUUUGGUAUGAGGAACCCAGAGGAGAUCCCAUGGGGUGAAGCUGGAGCUGAAUAUGUUGUUGAGUCCACUGGAGUUUUUACUGAUAAGGACAAAGCUGCUGCCCAUUUGAAGGGUGGUGCAAAGGAGGUUGUCAUUUCUGCUCCAAGUAAGGAUGCUCCCAUGUUUGUUAUGGGUGUCAAUGAGAAGGACUACAAGCCAGAUAUUGAUAUUGUUUCCAAUGCUAGUUGCACUACUAACUGUCUUGCUCCAUUGGCAAAGGUGAUUCACGACAGAUUUGGCAUUGUUGAGGGUCUCAUGACCACUGUGCAUUCAAUUACAGCCACACAAAAGACUGUUGAUGGUCCAUCAAUGAAGGACUGGAGAGGUGGAAGAGCUGCCUCUUUCAACAUUAUCCCCAGCAGUACCGGAGCUGCCAAGGCUGUUGGGAAAGUUCUUCCCUCUCUAAAUGGAAAGCUGACUGGAAUGGCUUUCCGUGUUCCCACUGUUGAUGUCUCUGUGGUUGACCUCACUGCAAGGCUUGAGAAGAAGGCUACAUAUGAUGAGAUCAAAGCUGCUAUCAAGGAGGAGUCUGAGGGUAAUAUGAAGGGAAUCCUUGGUUACACUGAGGAUGAUGUAGUGUCAACUGACUUCAUUGGUGAUUGCAGGUCAAGCAUUUUUGAUGCCAAGGCUGGUAUUGCUUUGAAUGAAAACUUUGUAAAGUUUGUCUCUUGGUAUGACAAUGAAUGGGGUUACAGCAACCGCGUGAUUGACUUGAUUCGGCAUAUGGCCUCCGCUUAAUGAGCUUCUUUGGCAACAAUUGCUGGCUUACCAUGAAGAUUAGUGCUGUUCCAUCCAUGGUUAGGGAGUUUUUUGGAAUAAUUUGAGCUGUUCAAACGAAACCAAUAUUUGACAGACCAGUUAUACAAUAUUGUGCAAGUUUUGUUUAUGCAAAUUGAGUUUUCGAUUCGAAUCUAAACGGGGGGUUUUCAGUAAUAAUAUGAGGCCUUUUUCCUAUUGCUUGAAA